AUGAUCAUUGGUGUCAUCAUCCAGGUGACUUCGUUCGUGGACCACAUCCCUCUCCUUCAAUUCUUCAUCGGUCGUGUCAUCACUGGUAUCGGUAACGGAAUGAACACUUCCACUAUUCCGACCUACCAGGCCGAGUGCUCUCGUACCAGCAACCGUGGUCUGCUUAUCUGUAUCGAGGGUGGUGUUAUUGCCAUCGGUACUGCGAUUGCCUACUGGAUCGAUUUCGGCGCUCACUACGGCCCUCCCGACCUCGUCUGGCGAUUCCCUAUUGCUUUCCAGGUUGUUUUCGGUGUCAUCAUCAUCGUCGGAAUGUACUACCUGCCGGACUCUCCCCGUUACUUGAUCUCCAAGGACCGUGUCCAGGAGGGUGAAGUUGUGCUUGCUGCUCUCGGUGGCUGGGAAGUGGACAGCCACGAAACCCAGAUGCAGAAGACCCUUGUCAUCGACUCGAUCAGAGCGUAUGUUUUGAAUAUGAUACUGAUGAAAUGA